UGUGCCAAUAUAUCCAAACUGCGUAUUUCAGCCUCUGAGGUGUAUCAUCCUAUUCUCUUCCCCUUCACUGGAGCAGGUCUCAAUAUAUUUAGAAGUGCCGGUCGCUUGUUGUCCUGCUAGGUUUUUCUGGAGAGCAUGUUAUGCGGUUUAUUGUUUGUUUUCGGGACCAGUGUGAUACCCUAAUCUCACUGCACUUUUCUCCCUUGUUUCUGCAUACUAAGCGUGGCAUCCUGAAGGAGGAACAGUGACCAUCAUGUCUGAAACAUCUUGUCCGGUCAGCGGGAUGAAGACAGGCCCGGGCUCGAUAUGCCCCGGGGCUGGUGUUCAGAGGAUGGGUCCCAGAGGCUGCGCAUUUUCUGCUUAUCAGAUGUCAUCCCAAUCGAUGUACACUCCGCAAGGCGUCCUUGGUCAAUGCCAAUCAACGGAGCAUCUGGAGUCUCAAGAGAGGAAGACUCUCUCUGAGCUCCUCCUACCCGAGGCUCCUGCACGCUCAAUCACAAACGGCUUGGCCAAUGCAGACCAUCUCAACCCCAAAGACAUCGACGUUCUUGCUUCUGCCUUGGGUGCUCCAGCACGACAAGUACUGAGACGCGCUGAAGAGUUGGGUCCUCGGACUGGUUGGAGAGACGGGUACCUCACAAGCAGCCAUGGGUUCUGUCCGCCUGAUCCAUCGGCUGCUCCAGCUGCUCUUGCCAUGUCGCCAGGCAGAGUAUGGUCUGACCUGUGCGAACGGAUGCCAGCUGUUGUAGCAAGAGGCAAGAUGCGUGAAUCGAUUCUUGCUCUUCCCCUGGUGUAUGGGACUGAGGACAUCAUCCCCAAUCAGGCUCUUUGGGCUGCAACAGUAUGUCUUGGGAUUCUUGCGAGCGUGUAUCGGUACGAAGAACGCAAUGAUGGCCACGAAGGGAUCAGCGUGACGGCGCCUCCAGGAACGUUUCGAACCCUAUCUGGCGAAGCCGACGAUGAAGAAGAAGAGACAAAGGGAAUACCCCGAAACAUUGCAAUUCCUCUCCGCCAGGUUUGCACGAGGAUGGGCAGAGUGUUACCUCAUCUAACUCAGUACGAUGUCUCCGUCUACAACUACAAACUCAGGGAUCCGGCCAGUAUCUACCCAUACGUUGCGAGAUGUGAGAACAUGGAUCUGAGGUGGCCUGUCUUCAACGACCGCGGUGAGGCAAUGUUUCUGCUGUGCAUGGCAGAGACUCAUGGCUGCUUCGUUGAUGGGGUGGAGAUCAUCACGAGGUGUCAGGAGUGUGCCAUGUUGAAAGACAAGGAGGGUCUGCUGCGAGAGUUGAUCAAGCUGAAGGGCAUCGUCGACAGAUUCGUCAAUGUCUUCUCAAAAAUCAGUGUGAACCCCAAUUCCGGAGAGAAUUUUGCCAAUCCAGUUGAGUGGGGUCAACGGUACGCCAAAUUCAGCGCUCCUCUUUCAAAACGUGUUCCUGCUCUCUCCGGGCUAGCACUACCGGUCUUCCUCCUGAUGGAUGCCUUCAUUGGGAGGACAAAGUACGACAGCUUUCUCGGGAAGGAGGCUCUUCAUCUUCGUGCCUGGCUGCCGAUGAAUAUCCGUGCUUUUAUAGCUGCUGUGGAGUAUCAUUACCAAGUGCCUGCCUUCGUCAAAGAGUCCGGUGACCCACGCCUGAUGGGCGUGAUGGAAGGUAUCUUGGAAGGUUAUCUCUCGGAGCGAGGGUGGAUGGGUCAGCAUCGCUACAAAGUCUACGGCUUCUUAGAAGUCGUUGCCAAAACAGGUCGAAGUGAGACGAAUGGUAAUUCCGGAGCCUCGGAUGAUGCCGGUCGUCCGUGGGAGGAAGUACACAAAACACUUUCCGAAUCAAUGAGAGAGCGGCUUGAGCCUUUCCGGGGCAAAGUGAAUCUUCAGCCACAUGAACUUCGAGGUUCAUUCGAAGAAUGCAGGUUCAAAGCCAGAAUUCUUUCCAGGUCCUCUGUGGAUAUGGAUCCGUCACGGUCUACCGGCAUGGUCACUUUUGGCCUCGAGGACACGGGAAUCACCUUUCAGCCAGGUGAUCGCUUGACAGUGAUGCCCCUGAAUAGCUGGUCAGAGGUAAACAAGGUCACAGCUGCCUUGGGCCUGGAGGACUUGCUACAGAAGCCGGUUCCUCUGAGCCAGGCUUCAGACUGGAAUCGCUUCGCUAAACAUCUAAAGUCGGUCAAUCACGCAGAAGGGCCGACACUCUUGAGUGUGCAGGAUAUCCUGAGGCGUGGGCACCUUGCGCCUCUGACAAAGGACCUGGUCGUGGCUUUUCACAUGGCGCUUCGUGCUUCUUCCUCGACGGUGGUCAAAGUCCUUGGGUCGGAAAUGUGGCCAGUCCAAGGCGCCGUUGGGGAUCUCCUGCAACUGGCGGUCGCUGAGGUGUCGCCGCAGACCUGGGAUACAGCGUUCGAUCUAUCUGACCUAUCGUGGUUGCCGAAGUUGAUUCCCAUCGAAGUGCCUCGGACAUACAGCAUUUCAAACUACACGAACGAGCUCCUUCCCAGUACGGUGGAUCUCACCGUUACCCGGAGUGAGUACAAAUUAGCAGACGUCUUGGACUACGGCCUGUGCAACACCACUCGCUAUGGUGUGAGCAGUGGCUGCCUCAACCCGGAUCCAUCCCAUUCUGAAGACAUGUUUGACGACGAAGAAUACCUGAUUGGAAUUUCUCGCCCUCUGAACUUCCAGCUGCCAACAACAAUGGCCGGACCUGUGGCGAUGUUUGCUGGCGGUUCGGGCAUUGCGCCAUUCCGAGGCUUCUGGCAAAACAGAGCACAAACAAGUGUUGGAAGGAAUAUUCUCUUUCUCGGAGUUCAGUCAAGAGAACGAUUCUCCUAUGAACACGAACUCAGAGAAUAUGUGCGCAGUGGCCACAUGGAGCUACACACGGCAUUCUCCCGAGAUCAAAAAGGAUUGGUCUAUGAUGCGACAUCUCGAGAACUGGUCGAAAAACAGAUCGCCCCUCGAUAUCUCGAUAGCGUUAUACUCGAGCAAGGACGAACCGUGUGUGAUAUGGUCAUUUCCAAGAGUCAGGGUGGCCUAGGAGGACACCUUUACAUCUGUGGUUCCAUUUCCAUGUACGAGACCAUCAUGUCGGGCAUACGCCAGGCCCUCUACAAGAAUUGGACUUCCACCAAAGACUCAGCGGACAGCUUGCUGGCAAAAGCAUUUGCCGAGAGGCGCUUCAUGCUGGAUAUAUUCAUGACACCGAAGCCCAUCAGCUACGCGACGCCGCAAAUACCGAUUUCGCAACUUGCGCUUCACACAGGUCACCGGAAAGGAACCAGGAUGUAUAUUGGUGUACAUGGUGGGGUUUACGAUAUAAGCGACUUCCUUCCAAUACACCCAGGUGGUACAUUGAUCGCGCAGGCCAGUGCUGGCCUUGAUGCGUCCAAGACUUUCGAUGAUGUAGCUCACACUACCAAUCCCGAGGUGAUGAGCUUGCUUUCCAAAUAUUUUGUUGGUCACCUCGCAACAAAGCCAGCUUUCCGUUCCAGCGAGAUAUGCACUCUGUACGAUCUUUGGUAUCAGUACCUGCGAAAUUGCGUCGAGAGCCUGACAACUUUAUACUUCGAGGUGAACCACAUCCAGGAGGAUGCCCGAACCUGGUUUCAAGGCGAUCUUUUCAACAUGGGCGGCGUGAGAAAAUUCUACCAAUUCCAAUCAAGAUUGAUGCAGAACGGGUUCUCGACCCUGUUCGGAGCAAAACUCCAAGAACUGCACUUGAAGCUCACAUUCGGGCUUGUCAACUCAGGAACGCCCGACAUGCGGGUCCCGGAUGUGAUUGGCAUCAUCACCAGGACACUAUCGUCGCCUGCUUCCGCCACUGCUUCAAAGGAGAUCGCACGUAUCGGAGAAUUUGUCUGCAACAGCCAAGAUGCCCAAUUCCAGGAGAACGGCGUACUCAGAUACGCUGGGACGGUCACUGAGCUCGAUGUCCAAUUCCUUGAAGAGGUUCGAGGGGACAUAUGUCUGGGAAUGGAUGCCUUUGACGUGGUGAACUCGAUGGAGUCAGCAUCAGGAUCAGACAAGCAAAAGCUCAUGAGCCUGAGCAAAUAUCUUCUUUCUGUCCUUGAAAGGGUCGCUCAACGCUUGGAGACUUUCUAUGCACGUCUUGCACGGGAAUCAGUUUAUCGUCCAGAGCUUGAAAAAAAUCCGGCCCGCACGAGGUGGAAUGUUCUGAAGCAGAAGAUAUGGGACGGCUCAUUCUUCGUCCUGACCGAAGAAGCAGCGUUCACAGGAUCCAAGGAUGCAGCCAAGCCAUACCGUUCAACAAGACACGUCGACCAAGACGUCCUUUUCGCCCAGGUUGUGUCCCAGGCGAAGAUGGCUGUGGACGACAAUCACUUGACGAGACCCCAAAAGCCUUCGUCAGACUCUGGCCGUUCACGCCGUCUUGCCGACUCUCAUACGGCAAGGGCGGCUCCCAGCGCCAAAGCUCCCUCGUCUUAUGAGGUACAUGAAUCUCUCCGGGCUCUGAAGUCGAUGUCAUCCUUCAUGGACACCAACAUGCAAUCAAUCAAGCGGCUGAGUCAGCUUCCUUCGAAUCUGAGCUUCGAACACAUCAUGGCCGCCUAUGGGAGGACUGGUAAACAGCCGCAUGUGCCGUCACCUUCCACUACCUUGCGGGCAGAGACGCUCGACGCGAGGCCAUUGCGGCUCACCUCUCAUCAUCAGCGUGAUCAGUCUCGAUCAUCAAGUUAUUCCAGUCGACCAUCACCGUCCUCGAAAGCACCUUCGAGAUCCGUGUCCAGGAGCCGAGAGAACUCGGCAUCAGAAGACGUGCCGCGGCUCCGACGCCGGCCGACUAACACUUCCAUCUCAAGCGCCACUGGGCUUCCACCCAACCCCUCCCCGAGUGUUCAGAGUCACAUGUCUUUUGUUGGGAGACCGGCUCAACUUCAGCUCCAAAGCAAGCCUUUGACAUCUAGUGCGACCGCGAUGUCUCCGUCAACUAUGCCUCUGCCGUUGACGCUGGCUCAUCGGAGUCGGUCCGAAUCUCGUAGCAGAUCUGAGUUGGGGACGAGGUUGAAUCAUCGCACGAACACCGAUGCUUCCUCCGAGACCACAUCUGGUCGCCCGGGACCGGCUGUAAAAGGAGGACCUCUUGCUCGUCGACAGCCUUCAAUGUUUUCACCGAACAACCGGACGGUCACUGAAGUUGGCCCAAUGUAUCUCAUGAAAUGAGACUUUCAAAGGCUGGUUUUACCAACUGGAGUAGGACAGUUCGGGAUGUUCGGUUGACCGAAACAUUUGAGGCAAAGAAUAAAGACGAAGAAGAGGUCAUGGCACAGGAAGGGGGAAUAAGUGUCCUCUUUUGUAACAAACGGCACUGGAAAGCGUAUAUGUAAUAUCAUAUCAGGCAACACGAAAAAGGGAAGAGGACUGGUGGAGGAGAUGUUGUAAUUCUAUCGUCGCUG